ACGAGAGAAUGAAUGGCAUUAGGUCUAUCAGUUUCUUCGUCUUCAAUCUCCGAGUUUCUAGUAACUUCUAGAUUUUGCUCAUUUCGAAAUUGAGAAACUCCUUAAUCAAAGUUUUUGAUUUUCUCUUUGCAAGCCCGUGAGAAACUGAAACAUGUCGGGAGUUUCAGGAAGAGUCGGAAGAAGAAUGGGUGUGCUGUUGAUUCCUCUGGAAUUGUUAUACUGUAUUUCAUGCACAGAAUUUUUUCGCAAAAGAAUCAUACAUGCUGUGGCAAAAAAAGCAGUUCAAGUUUUAAUUUUGCUGCUAGAGGGGUUGUUUAAUCACCCUUCUCUUGUUUGGAGGGUCUAGGCACAGCCCGUCAAGAUGCAGAUUCUUUUGGAAAAGAUCGAGGAAUCUGAGCAGUGAAUGCUCUGAAGACACUUGCAUUCUCUGGCAAGGACACAAUCAGCGGAACAACUUUGAUGGAACUGUAAGGCAUGUUUUAUGGUCUGCAUAUAUUGCUUUAUCUUUUUUUUCUCAUUUAUUCAAUGACAUUGUUGGGUUUAUUGCAUGCAUAACUUUUAGGGAACCUUGGGUUAUUUAAAAUGUUUGUCUUUAUUAAAACCAUGUUUACAAU